CCAAUUCCAAAGUCUUCCCCAUUGCUCCAUAAAGGGUAUGGUAGCCAUACCCUUCAAAAAACAAUACCAGAAAGUUUUCCAAAUCCAAGUUUAGAUAUAGCAGCAGUCAUGAAGUCAAAGCAGUUUCUAACUCAUUUCAUCUCGUUGGUAGGGAUAUAUAUUUCUAUUCUUAUAGCAGCAGCCUUGGCAGCAGCAGCAGCAACAACAACAACAAUAGUAGAAUCUUCUCAUAAGUCAAUUUCCUUGCCUAACUGCUCUGACCACUGCGGUGGAGUGAAAGUUCCAUACCCUUUUGGCAUAACCCCAGAGUGUUCCCUCAAUGGAAAUCGAAAAUUUUACCUCAAUUGCACCCAAUCUUCCCUAUAUCUAAAUUCAAGUAACCUUCAAGUUACAAACAUAUCCCUAGAUGGCGAGGUGAGCGUCAUGAACUUUAUAGGCCGAGAUUGUUACAACAAGAAAGGCGUGCGGGAAGAGCACAUCCAAUCCCAGCUCUCGCUCGCAAAUUAUAACGUCUCUUCUGCAAGAAACACAUUCAUAGCCGUCGGCUGUGACACUUACUCGACCGUUGAGGGUUAUAGAGGCAAAGAAAACUACGUAAUUGGUUGUGUUUCCUCAUGCAAUGAUAUCGACUAUGAGAGUUUUACUAGUGAUCAUCAGUCUUGCUUGGGCGUGGGGUGUUGCCAGAUUUCCAUCCCAAGUGGUCUCAAGAACAUGACCAUAUCGUUGUCUAGCUACAACAACCACACUUUUGUACAUGACUUUAACCCCUGCAGCUAUGCUUUCGUGGUUGAACAAGGAAAGUUCAAGUUCUCCAAUACCAGUUUCCAAGAAUUGAAUCGCACAGAAAAGCUUCCGGCGGUUUUAAAUUGGGGGAUUGGGAAGGAGAGCUGUGAUGAAGCAAAGAAGAGAGCCAACUACACAUGCAAAGGGAAUAAUGUCACGUGUGUCGCCGCCAGCAAUGCAGCUGGUUAUCUCUGCCAGUGUUUGCCUGGUUAUGAAGGGAACCCAUACCUACCAGAUGGUUGCCACGAUAUUGAUGAGUGCAAAGAUCCAAACCGCUGUGCGAAAAAUAGCCAAUGCCACAAUUUACCUGGGAACUGGACUUGCAUUUGUCCAAAAGGAUAUCACUAUGGAAAUGAAACGGGUUGCAGCAAUAGUAAUCAGUCUCAGAGAUUAGUUCUGUUGCUCUGUAUUGCAAUGGGUGUAAGCAUAGCACUUUUGAUCGUUAUUUCCCUAACAUGUUGGGGAAUGAAGAAAAGAAAGAUAAUCAAACUGAAAAAGCAGUUCUUCGAACAAAAUGGUGGAUUAAUGUUGCAGCAACAGUUGUCAAGUCGUAGACAAUCUCUUGAGACCACAAAAAUUUUCAGUGCCGAAGAAUUAAAAAGAGCCACAGACAAUUUCCAUGAAAGCAGAGUUCUUGGUCAAGGAGGCUAUGGAAUAGUUUAUAAAGGAGUACUACCAUCUAAUAACAUGGUGGUUGCCAUUAAGAAGUCCAAAUUUGGUGCUGAAACAUGUAAUGAACAAUUCGUCAAUGAGGUGAUUGUGCUGAUGCAAAUAAACCAUAGAAAUGUGGUUAAGCUCUUAGGUUGCUGCUUAGAGACAGAAGUUCCUUUGCUGGUUUAUGAGUACAUUGAAAAUGGGACUCUUCUCGAACAUAUUCACAACAAAGGGCAAGGAAGAUCAUCACUUUCCUGGGAAGUCAGAUUGAGGAUAGCAACCGAAACUGCAAGCGCAUUAGCAUAUCUCCACUCUGCAACUUCUACGCCCAUUAUACACAGAGAUGUGAAAGCUGGAAAUAUACUCCUUGACAAAUACUACACAGCAAAAGUUUCAGACUUUGGGGCUUCACGGUUGAUUCCUCUGGACCAAAAUCAACUUACAACUGUUGUACAAGGGACAUUUGGGUACUUGGAUCCAGAAUACAUGCAUACAAGCCAGCUUACAGAAAAGAGUGAUGUCUAUAGUUUUGGAGUUGUUCUGGCGGAGCUACUAACGGGCAGGAGGGUGAUGUCACUUGAUAGACCUGAGAAUGAAAGAAACCUGGCGUUGUUCUUUGUUUCUUCAAUGAAAGAGGAUAGAUUAUUCCAGAUUCUUGACGAUGACAUAAUCAUUGAGGGAAAUACAGAGGCACUGAAGAACGUUGCCAAUCUUGCGAAAAGAUGUCUAAGGAUAAAAAGUGAGGAAAGACCUAGCAUGAAAGAAAUAGCAAUGGAGCUAGAAGGACAGAGAGCUAUGGAAAUGCACCAAUGGGGGACACGUGAUGUGGGUUCAGAAGAAACAGAAUACUUGCUUACGGAGGAUCCUCCUUCAGACCUCUAUUCUAUUGAUAUUAGUGGACAAAUGUGUUCCCAGCAGAUGACUAGUUGAUGUGGCUUCUUCUGAGGGAGUUAACCAGUCAAAGCUGAGCUGGGAAUACUUUGCUGCUUGGUUGAGAGGUGGCAAAAAUCAAGUGGUUGUUAUUUUCAGUGGUUGUUCCUGUAGUUAAUAUUCAGUUAGUUUGUUAAAGAGCUUUGAGUGUGUCUUAAAAUUCUGCAGCUUUUAUAUUUAAAAACUUGUAUCUCUCUUCAAUCAAUUGAAAAUCCAUUUACACUUUCAAUUUC